CACCAGAAAGAUGCAGUUGUUGUUUAUAAUACAUUUGUGUUCUGCUGUUUCAGACAAUCUUCAAUCUUUGUCUCUGUUUGUGUCUUCAGGUGUGUUUGGUGAUGAAGUGAAGUCAGUGUCAGUGAUGGAGGGAGAUUCUCUUACUCUACACACUGAUGUUACUGAACUACAUAGAUAUGGUGUGAUAGAGUGGAGGUUUGUAACUGAGGGGACUUACAUCGCUAAAAUUUUUAAAUUUUUCAAUGAUGAAGCUAAUAUAGUCACAAUAAAUGAUGAUGUUCUUGAUGGGAGAUUCAGAGACAGACUGCAGUUAAAUGAUCAGACUGGAGAUCUCACCAUCACAAACAUCACAACUCAACACACUGGACUUUAUCAAGUAACCAUCAUCAGUAGCAGACAGAAGACCUCACACAAAUUCAAUGUUACUGUCUAUGCUCUUCCCGUUCCUGACAUCACCAAAGACUCUUCACAAUGUUCAUCAUCAUCAGAAAGAUCAUCAGUCUCAAAAUGUGUGUUGUUGUGUUCAGUGUUGAAUGUGAGAGAUGUGAGUCUGUCCUGGUACAAAGGAAACAGUUUAUUGUCCAGCAUCAGUGUGUCUGAUCUCAACAUCAGACUCUCUCUACCUCUGGAGGUUGAAUAUCAGGAUAACAACACAUACAGCUGUGUACUCAACAAUACCAUCACAAAUCAAACUCAACAUCUCAACAUCACUGAUGUCUGUCAGACGUGUUCAGGUGAGUCACAGGUGAUGUUUGUGUUUAUUCAUUCACUUCAUCUCUUUGUGUCCUCUUCCUUCCUGUACUAA